CUGCAGGCAGCUCUGUUUUCAUGCCUGGCUCAGUAACGGACCGCGGGUCCAACCAUCAGCUGGAGUUGUUCACGGGGCUGUGGAACAAUAGGUUGACUCCGUGUCCUAAAUAUCAUUCAGGUUUCUCCUUCACUAAUGUUCUCUUGGUGAUCCAAACCUCAGAACGGAAACCGGCAAAUUAAAGAAAUACUUUUUUAUAACUAGUGAGGCGGGUUUUUGUUUUUAUCCGCCAUGGCGAUCGCCUCCGUAGCUACAGAGUACGUCUUUUCCGACUUUCUACUGAAGGAUCAAUCGGAGACCAAGUAUAAAGGGGUGCGUCUGGAUCUGGCGGUGGACAAGAUAGUCACGUUUCUGACGGUGGGGCUUCCUUUGUUCCUCAUCUCGCUGGCUUUUGCUCAGGAGGUCUCGGUGGGGACUCAGAUCAGCUGCUUUGCUCCCACUAACUUUUCCUGGAGACAGGCCGCAUACGUGGACUCCUUUUGCUGGGCAGCAGUGCAGCAACAAGCUGACAGUUCACCCUUAUGGCUUCACAAGUUCUUUCCCUACACCCUGCUCCUGCUGGCCAUCCUGAUGUCCAUCCCUGCCUUGAUCUGGCGUUUCACAGCAGCUCCGCUCCUCUCGUCUGACCUCAACUUCAUCAUGGAGGAGCUCGACCGCUUUUAUAACCGCGCCAUCAAACUGGCUAAAAAUCUGGCAUCAUUAGAAGGCAAAAAUGCUACUGAGGACAAGCAGAGCGAUGCUUUGGAACUGGCUGAAGGCUGCUUUAAAUACCCGUUAGUGGAACAGUACCUAAAAACCAAGCGCUUCUCUCGCGGCCUGGUGGUGAAGUACGUGGCGUGCCGGGGUCUGACUCUGCUGAUCCUCCUGCUGGCUUGCCUCUACCUCAGCUACUACAUCCUGCUGGCUUCUCUCACGGACGAGUUCCCGUGUGACCUGCGGACUGGAAUUUUGAAGAACGACAGCAUGGUGCAGUCCGCCGUUCAGUGCAAGCUUGUCGCCGUAGGGGUCUUUAGGCUGCUCAGCUACAUCAACCUGGGCGUGUAUGUGCUUCUGGCUCCACUGGUGGUGUGCGCAGCUCUUGGUCCGUCACGGCAGAGCUCCAGGUUCCUUCGGCCCUAUGAGAUGCUGCCUGGAUUUGGUUCGUUGGGUGUCAUCACUCCAAUCUACAAUGACCUCAGUAUCUAUCUGCUGUUCCUGGAGGAGAACCUGAGUGAACUGAAGUCAUUUAAGUGUCUGCAGGUGCUGGAGUUGUUGCAGGAGGCUGGAGAUGAGGGGUUUGACACCAUGUGUCUACUGCAAACUCUGGGCCAGGUGAAAACAGACGUGCUGGACGGUCCGAAGAGCAAAAAAACAAAUAAACCUGAAGAAUAAUUGAGCUAAGAUCACUCACCAUGUUUCUGAUGAAUUGAAGUGAGGGCAAGUCCUGCUGGAGCAACAGAGGAACCUGGAGCAAAACUUACUUUUAUCUGAGAUGCUGGAUUUUUGUGUCGAUCCACAAAAUUCUCAUCCUGAUGUAAAAUACGAGGUGGUUUCAGCUGACUGUAGCUCACAAAGUGAUAGUUUAGUUCACAGAUGUUCUUGUUGUUAUUGGUAAGUAUUAAAAUGUUGAAUGUAGAUUAUCUGUUUUUGACUGCAGAUGUUGAUUUUUUUUUUACUAAAAAAAUUUUACAAAUAUUUUUGCAUUCUACACUUUAUUUGAUCCCAGUUGUCUCAAAGUAGUCCGUACUGCUGUGACUGAAAGCGGUGAAUCAAGGGGUCUUUCCUACCUCUAUUAAACACUCCUUAAAAAGUACUUUUGUGUUUCUGCUGCACUGUUCUAUUUGGAGAAUGCCUAAAACAAAUCUGGGAUUACCAGGAAAUUAUGUAGCUUGGUGAAAAAAAUGGUUUUCACUGUCAUCUUUUAGCAGAAACCUGCUGGUUGAGAUGAGCUGUUCUGAUCUGCAGUUUGCACACUUUACCUGUGCUUGCAUGGCUUUUUCUCUGCUGAGGACUGCAAACACUUCACAAACUUUGAAAUGCAUUGUCUAAUGCUUAUAUGUAGGUAAGGAGCAGCAACAAAUGUUAUCUUGUAAGUUCUUGAGCAUGAUGAGGGGGAGACAACUGAAGGAGUGAGUUACAACUCAACACACACUUCUGUAAUUAAAGAAUGUUGCAUGAAGUUACCUCAUUGAGAUUUUUUACUAACCUUAACAUGAAAUGUGGGUUGAAUUUUUUUAAACUUGGUCAUGAAAACGACAGCAUUUAAAAGUUGUUUACAUUGUGUUGCGUUAUGCUAGGCUAAAAUAUCAAGUGUGUGUCUGGGCCUUUAAAUAAAACUUGUACAACCUA